AUACACGGCUAUACUCAUUUUCUCAGGGAUGUUCAAGGGGCUGUUUGCUAUCGUUCUUAAAAAACGUUUCUAUUGUUUUUUUGUUUUAUUGAAACAGAAAAAUGCAAAAAACUGUUUGGUACGCCGAGGCUGUGUUUCAGUUUUUAUAAAAAAAAAAAAGCAGAAAAUGAGUCAAAAGUCGGAACUCCAAAAGCGAGUUCCGACUAUGACGUUUCGUUUCAAAAUCCCUAAUUUGGAACUAUCGUUCCUGAUAGUUGGAGCGGGAGGAGUAUCUGCAGAUAGAGCUUUGUUGAAGAUCUUGGAGGAAGAAUUCUUGGGACCUCCUAUGAAUGCUGAUGACCGUGGAUGUGGUAUGUUUGUAUGGUUGAAAGAUGAACCACAUAUUUCUACCAUACAAUAUACAUUAGGUUCAGAAAGCUCAACAUCAACAGCAUUCACACCACCAUCCAUUUCGAACGAGUACAUGAAAGGAUAUCUAGAAGGGACACUUAAAGGAUUAGAAGACCAAACAAAUAAGAUGAAAGACAUCCUCAAUGCAUUCAAGUCUUUAGACUUGGACAAAAAGUAAAAAUUUGGGAAAUUAUGUAAUUCAUAAUUAACUUGGGCAAGGUAGUCUUAAUUAUAUACUUUAUUUGUCAUUGUGAAA